UUGUAGCCGUAGCGUGUCGGCUGCGACCAUGGUGCUUUUCGAAGAAUGGCAAGCGUGGACACACGCGAUGGAACACCAUUACAGGCAUGACACGCCGCAGGACUCCGCCGAGCGGCCGCAGUCCGCGCAGUGGCUCAGCCCGACAUUCUGGGAUGGCCCGAUCGACCUCGUCGCGGGAGCACUAGGGGGCGCCGCCACCGUCUACGUCGGCCAGCCGCUCGACACGGUCAAGGUGAAGCUGCAGACGUUUCCGCAGCUGUACCGCAACGCGUACGUCUGCUUCGUGCAGACGGCGCGCGCGCAGGGCCUGCGCGGCCUCUAUGCCGGCACCGUGCCGUCGCUCGCCGCCAACGUCGGCGAGAACUCGGUGCUCUUCUUCGCGUACGGCUUCUGCCAGAAGGCGACGGCAUCCAUGAUCGGCAAGCCGAGCGCGCGCGAGCUCACCGAUCUCGACAACGCGUGCGCGGGCUUUCUCGCCGCGUUCUUCUCGGCGCUCGUGCUCUGCCCGACCGAACUCGUCAAGUGCAAGAUGCAGGCGCACGAGGAGAUUCUGCGCAGUCAGUACGCCGGCGGCGCCGUCCCCGCGCACGCGCGCGUAAAUCCGUACGGCGUCUGCAAGAGCGUCUUCCGCGAGGAGGGCGCGCGCGGAUUCUUCCGCGGCCUGACGAGCACGAUGAUACGCGAGAUGCCUGGCUACUUCUUCUUCUUCGGUGGCUACGAGGUUUCUAGGACGUUGAUGACGCCGCCCGGCAAGACGAAGGACGACCUGAGCGUGUUCAGGCUGGGAGUGUGCGGCGGCAUCGGCGGCUGGUGCCUCUGGCUGAGCAUCUAUCCGUUCGACCUGAUCAAGUCGAGGAUGCAGGUUCUGACAGACGACACGCGAUUCGUAACAGUUCUGAUGUCGUACCUCAAGCGAGGACUUCCUGGCGUGAGAGACAUGUACAGGGGCCUGGGUCCGACGUUACUACGUACCUUUCCAGCCACCGGAGCCUUGUUCAUAACCGUUGAAUAUAGUCGCAAGUUGAUGCAUAGCCUGACAGGAAAGGACGAUGACGAUUAUAUUUAGCAAUGGUCCCCAUUAAUUUAUUACUGGAAAAACGUCUUCGUAAGUAAUCGACUAUGAAACCUACGUCUGGUUGGGAAGGUUGCUUCCUAGCUGGGUUAUUUUCUAAUGCUGGUAAAGUAGAUAAAUAACUCGGUUAUUAAAGGUAUAGCUUCCCUCGACCUUUCGACGUAAAUUUGUGUAACAAACCACUGUAAAGACGUCAGUAAUUAACCCGCUACACUUUAACUGAACGUUAGCUUUGAAAAUAAAAUCAAUUGUGGCAAGUGUGCGGAGCGGAACUUAAUAACCUAAUUUGGUCAGGUCGUUUCUAGACAGUGACCUGGUAGGCAUCUAAGCCAACUGUGCAUGCCCACAGUAUCUCAUUAUAACUCAACUGGGUAACCAGUUUAUUAUAUAGUUAUAGAUAAAUAUAUUAUAUAGAUAUAAUCUAUAUAAUCUAAUACGAAACGUAUGUUUUUACCAUUACUAGAAUGGUUUUAUAUUGGUGAAUACACGACCACUUAUUUCCAUUUACGCAGGUUUGCUCUUUCAGUGAGUGCCUCUUCAAUGCAUUCAAUACAUUAUGUUGAGACUGAAUGCAUAAAACAAACUAGAAAUGAGCAGUUGUCGCCAACUACAUGUAUCCCCCGUGAUCUAGUAUGAAUGGAAUA